GCAUGCGGUAGUGGGCGUGGCUUAGAUCUCCGUCGCUCUUCGUCAUCGUUUUGCUCUCCUCGUUUCAACGUUGAUAUUCAGCGGUGUUGGUCAGAUGUCAACUGUCAAAGUGAACGUGAAGUGGGGAAAGAAGAAAUAUGAGAAAAUUGAGGUCGACUUGGCUGAGCCUCCGGCCGUCUUCAAAUCCCAGCUCUUCUCUCUCACCGGAGUUCCGCCAGAGAGACAGAGGCUGAUGAUAGGAGGACUGAUACUAGGCGACGAGGAGUGGUCAAACACCAAAUCAAAAGUGAAAAACAACGCCACGUUCAUGAUGAUGGGCUCGGCCGACAGCCUCCCCGAGGCUCCGAAACAGAAGACAAAGUUUCUCGAAGACAUGACUGAUACCGAGGCAGCCGCUGCCCUGUCCCUGCCGACCGGGAUAGAGAAUUUCGGCAACACGUGCUACCUGAACGCCACCCUGCAAUGUCUGAAGGUUGUUCCCGAGCUGAGGUCGGCUCUGGGCAGCUACCACGUCCCGGCUACCAGGGCUGAGCUUAUGGACACCGACACUGCAUCGCCUCAGUCUCUCACCAGAGACCUGAAGAUGCUGUAUCUGAUGAUGGAAUCAGGCCAGGACAUACGAAUUCCCUCCAUGCUGUUUCUUCAUACCCUCCACGCCGUUAAACCAGAGUUUGCACACAAGGACGAGAAGACAGGAUCCUACAAGCAGCAGGAUGCUCACGAGUGUUGGUCGGCCAUGGUCAAUAACCUAUCUGAGACUCUCAGGGUACCUGGCAUCCCUCCUCCUCCGUCAACCAAUCAGGGAGCGACGGGUGGAAGGAAUGCCUUUAUCAAGCAGUACUUUGGGGUGGAGACAAAGUCGACGUACAAAUGCGAGGAGUGUCCAGACGAACCGGUCACCACGGAGACGGAAACUAGCUACCAAGUGUCGUGUUUUAUUGCUCAGGAUGUGAAGUACAUGUACACCGCUAUGAGGAAGGGAAUGGAGGGGACGGUGAAGAAGAAGUCUGCAGUUCUGGGAAGAGACGCGGAGUUCAAGAAGACGUCACCGCUGAGUCGUCUCCCGGGAUACCUGACAGUCCAGUUUGUCCGGUUCUCGGUGGGCAAGGCCCCCGACAGUGGGGAACCGGUUGCUAGGAAGAUCCUGAAGGACGUCAAGUACACGAUGAAGCUGGACAUGUAUGAGUUCUGCACCACUGAACUGCAGCAGAAACUUAGCCCCAUGAGGACCAAAUUCAAGGAACAAGAAGAGAAAAAGAUGGCUCAGAAAGCCAAGCUGAUAGCCGAGGGCAAGCUGCUGGGACCGAAACUGGCAGGAGCGGCAGCUAUAGCCAGAUGAGAAUGUUGAAUAUGAACCUUUUCAGUUUGAAGAUGAUGUAGGCAGUAAUAACAGUGGAUACUACGAGCUGGCGGCCGUCCUGACGCACAAGGGAAGGUCUUCAUCAUCUGGUCACUACGUCGGCUGGGUGGCCCUCAAGAACGGUGAGUGGGCGAAGCUGGACGAUGACAAGGUUACCUUGGUGACGGAGGACCAGAUACUGAAGCUGUCUGGAGGUGGCGAUUGGCACGUGGCGUACAUUCUGUUGUACGCUCCUCGGAGGUUGGAGAAGAUGAGAGAGGAAGAGGAGGAGGAGGAGGAGGAGACCCUCCUCCUCCUCCUCCGACCAAUUAACAAUGACAUCAUCGUGACAUCAUUCCAUCUCUCUUGAUUAGACCAGUGUGUCAGCUUUACACGCAUCGUGACUAUUGUAUAAUGACUAUUGUGAUGAUGCAGAUGUCAGGAUAUAGCAUUAACACUUAACCAGCCACGGGCACAUAAAUGUGUCCAGAGCCUCCAAAAUAGGAAGUUAUGGCAGAAUUAUUAUUGUAACAGCCUGCGCAUAAUCACAACAUGUUGUAAUUAUACUGAACAAUGAGUAUUACAAAAAAACGUACUUGUAACUAAACAACACAUUCUUCAACACUGUCCUCUGCUCCCCAUCCACCCACUAUGAUGAUCUUGUCAGGUGAUGGACUGGCUACUAAACACCAGCUCCUAUCACUAGCCAUAGAGCCAAUCUCAACCCACUGCCCAUCCACUAGCUGGUGAAUGGACUUGACUUGUGACCCAAAUAGACCCAAUAGACCGCCUCGCACACCACCAAUGAGUACUAGCUGUCCACAGAGAGUGGCAGCUGUUGACUCUCUCACUGGUAGAGGAGGCAGAGGUGUCCAUGAUAUGAGGUGUGGUAUUGACUGUGGUGGGAUUGGUUUGUCACUGGAUGGUAGAGCUGCAAGAGAACACGAGUAGCCGUCACCACCAUCUCCUACCACAUGUACUAGAUCACCACAUAUUGUGGCUGAAUGGAAGGGGAGAGGUUGUGGUAAGUCUGUUAGUUGGUACCAUCUUCUGCUCUUCACUUGAAAUAGUUCAACUGUAGCAGUACAACCACCACCACUACCAAACCCCCCAAUCACAAUGAGGUAUUCGCCAUCAGAUGUAGUAACUACAGCAGGAGAGGAACGUGCAGUGUUCAUUGGAGGGUAUUUCUCAACCCAUUUCCUCUGUCGUAGUGUGUAUAGUUUGUUAGUACGACGAGAUCCAUCACUUCCCCCCACAGCAGUUAGUUCCCUGUCAAUGAUGACUAGUCCAGAGUUGCGAUAUGGACAUGAAGGAAGUUCCUCCCAUUUCUCUGUACUACAUUCAUAUUGGUAGACUGAGUUGGAGCCACGUGGGGUGAAGUAUGCAAAUCGACCAUCAGUUGUUGCAGAUCCUCUGAC